UGACAAUUCAUAAUAUGUGAAAUUUAUAAUAGCCAAAUAAAACGAUGAAUUUAAAGAUUGAUUUUAUUCUAAGCGUCUAGAUUUAUAUAAUUUUGUAUACAAAAGUUACAUAAAGUAUGUCCACACGAUAAGACAAAAGAGAAAUAUUAAGGUUAUAGUUCAAAUUUAAAAAUAAGCUGUUUGUUUUUUAAACAGUCGUGGUCAAUGUCAAUAUAUUUCCUUAUAAACCUGUAUUUCGCCCUUAUAUGCGAAGUGGUUUUACUUAAUCCUUUGUAUACCUGUCCAAAGUAUUACAUAACCUCUUUUUACUAUAAGGAAAACCAUAACAUCUGUGCAAAGCAUGGAAUAAUUCAUUUAAAUACUAAAAGAUCAAAACUUAUAUCAAGUGAUUUACCAAAUGAUGAAGAUAUGGCCAGUAAUUCUGGAUUGAAUGGAUUGUAUCGGCCAAGAAGUGCACUUGCUCGGGCCUUGUAUGAAAAGCAAAGAAAUGAUAGACAUUUGCAAGAAUUUGACCAACAUGAGUGGUACCGUGUUGAUAAAAGCCUCCUAAGCGAAGACCUUCAAAAGAAGUUCAUUCAAUUACAUCCUGAUGAAGAAACGAAACAGUUCCUAUCGUCUUCCAUUGAUAAAUCCUCCUGGGUGUGGACUCAGAUCUGGUACAUGCUCGCCAAGGCUGUUCUCAAACACUUUUGGACCAUAACCGAUAUAAAUGGAUGGCUGGGUCGGGGUUCAAUGUUCGUGUUGUCUGAGGCACAGGCGCUCAAGCUACUGAACAACGCUACUCGUACACGCACGAGUGGGCUCAGCACUCUUGUAGAUGUCGGCGCGGGAGACGGUGAAGUCAGCCGGCGCUUCGCUCACAUCUUCGACGAGAGAUAUGCGACGGAGUUAUCAGCCAGCAUGAGAAAGUCGCUCAGCAGUAAGGGAUUCUUACUAUUGGACACGGAUAGUUGGUGGCAGGGACAGAGUUUCGAUUGUGUGUGUAUGCUGAACUUGCUGGACCGUUGUGCUCGGCCUCGGAGUAUGCUGCGUGAGGCGCGAUCAGCUAUCAGGCAAGGAGGUGUUCUACUGCUCGCCCUCGUGUUACCCUUCAAGCCAUAUGUUGAAGUUACAACAGAUCACAAACCAGAGGAGCGUCUUCCUAUAGCGGGGGCGACAUUCGAAGAACAAGCGGCGUCUUUUAUCAGAUUCAUGAAGGAUGAGAUCGGCUUCGAACUGUCCUCGUGGUCGAGGACGCCUUACCUCUGUGAGGGAGACUUCGCACAAGCCUACUACUGGCUGGACGACUCGGUAUACGUGUUCACACCCGUUUAAAAAAAAAACAUUCAAACACGCCAUUUUAUUCCAAAAAGAACCAUCGAAUUAACAAUAAUUUAAUACAUUUUUACGUCCAA